AUGAGUUCGAUCACUGCUUCGUCUCCCUCAGCCCUCCAACCGCCCGUCGAGCCACCCAAGAAACGCCGUAUCGCCGUCCUCACGUCCGGUGGUGAUGCCCCCGGUAUGAACGGCGCUGUCCGCGCCGUCGUGCGGAUGGCUAUUCAUAGCGGCUGCGAAGCUUUCGCCGUACACGAAGGUUACGAGGGGUUGGUUGCGGGCGGGGACUUGAUUAAACAAAUGCACUGGGAAGAUGUCCGUGGCUGGUUGUCGCGCGGAGGAACCCUGAUCGGUUCUGCACGCAGCAUGAAAUUUCGUGAACGCUCCGGUCGCCUUGAGGCUGCGAAGAAUAUGGUUUUGAGGGGAAUUGAUGCUUUAGUAGUUUGUGGAGGAGAUGGUAGUUUGACUGGUGCCGAUCUAUUCCGGUCGGAAUGGCCGAGCCUGUUGAAAGAGUUGGUACAAAAAGGCCAAUUGACGGAAGAACAGGUCCUUCCUUACACGACACUGAACAUUGUUGGAUUAGUAGGCUCGAUUGAUAAUGACAUGUCCGGUACAGACGCUACAAUUGGCUGCUACUCUUCACUUACGCGCAUUUGCGAUGCUGUGGAUGAUGUCUUUGACACAGCCUCAUCUCAUCAGCGAGGUUUCGUCAUUGAGGUAAUGGGACGACACUGCGGCUGGCUCGCACUGAUGUCUGCUAUCAGUACUGGUGCAGACUGGCUCUUUAUUCCUGAGAUGCCGCCGCGUGAUGGCUGGGAGGACGAUAUGUGCUCCAUCAUUACCAAGAACCGCGAACGAGGCAAACGACGAACAAUUGUCAUCGUCGCCGAAGGUUCCCAGGACCGCCACCUCAAUAAGAUUUCCUCGAACGCCGUCAAAGAUCUUCUCACCAACCGAUUGGGACUGGACACGCGAGUGACUGUUCUCGGGCACACACAGCGCGGAGGACCUGCUUGCGCUUACGACAGAUGGUUGUCUACACUACAAGGUGUGGAGGCUGUCAAGGCUGUGCUCGACGUUAAGCCGGACUCUCCAUCGCCAGUCAUUGUCAUUCGAGAAAACAAAAUCGAGAGGAUGCCACUCAUGGAAGCAGUUCAACAAACUAAGGAUGUGACUGCUCGUAUCCACGCUAAAGACUUUGACCAAGCUAUGGCCAUGCGUGACUCUGAGUUCAAAGAAUACUAUACUGCAUAUCUCAACACCACGUCCGUCGACCACCCCAAGUUGCGUCUUCCCGAGGACAAGCAGAUGCGCAUUGCUAUUGUUCAUGUCGGAGCGCCAGCUGGUGGUAUGAACCCGGCUACACGAGCAGCUGUCGGUUACUGCUUGACUCGCGGCCACAAACCCAUUGCCAUCCACAACGGUUUCCCUGGUCUUUGCCGCCAUCAUGACGACAAACCGGUUGGUUCAGUGCGGGAGGUGAACUGGUUAGAAUCGGAUGAUUGGGUUAACGAAGGCGGUUCUGAGAUUGGCACAAACAGAGGUCUACCAGGUGACGACCUUGAAGCCACCGCUCGGGCAUUCGAGAAGUACAAGUUUGACGGACUGUACAUUGUUGGUGGAUUCGAGGCGUUCACUGCGGCCAGUCAGCUACGAAAGGGCCGAGAGUUCUACUCUGCAUUCAAAAUACCCAUCGUCGUGUUACCGGCGACUAUUUCCAAUAACGUGCCCGGUACGGAAUACUCGCUCGGUAGCGACACCUGUCUCAACACAUUGAUUAUGUUCUGCGACGCCAUCCGACAAUCAGCAUCCUCAUCUCGUCGCCGAGUUUUUGUUGUUGAAACCCAAGGUGGAAAGUCUGGUUAUAUUGCCACCACCGCCGGUUUGUCGAUCGGUGCCGCAGCAGUCUAUAUUCCCGAAGAAGGGAUCAACAUCAAAAUGCUAGCACGAGACAUUGAAUUCCUGAGGUCUAGCUUCGCAUCCGACCGUGGCGCCAACCGCGCAGGUAAGAUCAUCUUGCGCAAUGAAACCGCAUCUCAAACAUAUACCACUCAAGUCAUCGCCGACAUGAUCAAGGAAGAAGCCAAUGGCCGCUUCGAGUCUCGCGCCGCUGUUCCCGGUCAUUUCCAACAAGGCGGCAAGCCAUCCCCAAUGGACCGUGUCCGCGCACUCCGUAUGGCAAUAAAAUGCAUGCAACACAUUGAGUCCUACGCGGGCAAAUCGCGUGACGAAAUCGCCAACGAUGAAUACUCGGCCUCCGUCAUUGGCGUCAAGGGCUCUCAAGUCUUGUUCUCGCCCAUGGGUGGAGCCGGCGGCCUCGAAUUCACAGACACGGACUGGGACAAACGUCGUCCCAAGCACGAGUUCUGGCUUGAGUUGCAAGAUCUGGUAGAUGUGCUGAGUGGUCGUCAACCAAGCAAGCAGGGGGGUGUACUGAAUUCAAAAGAAAAUCCCGACGACAGCACGUAA